AUGGCUAUGUUUUUACAUGUUAUAGGACAUAAUGAACGUUUUCGAGCGGUUAAAGGAAGAUUUCAUCACUCCACACAAACCAUUCAUCAAUGUUUUCAUGAGGUCUUAAAUGCAAUGAUGUUUUUUGCAAAAGAAAUUAUAGUACCAACAAAUCCAAAUCCAAAAAGACAUGCCUCAGAACGACAAAGACGGUUAAAAGCUAUAUUUUCCGGAGCAAUAGGUGCACUAGAUGGAACUCUUGUACAUGCAGUUGUGCCCGUUGAUCAACAAACGAGGUAUAGGGGAAGAGGAAAAGGUGAAUAUUAUCAAAAUGUAUUAGGAAUUUGUGAUUUUGAUAUGAUAUUCACCUUUGUAUGGGCUGGAUGGGAAGGCAUAGCACAUGAUUCAAGAGUUUUGAAAGAAGUUGCAUUCAACCCGUCUUCCGGAUUUCCAUUCCCUCCACCAGAUAAAUAUUAUAUUUGUGAUGCCGCAUAUACCAACACUCGUGGGUUCAUGACUCCGUACCGUGGCACUAGGUAUUGGUUAGCCGAUUUUCGAGGACGUCGACCUUUAACUAAAGAAGAAAGGUUCAAUUUUGCUCAUGCACAACUUAGAAAUGUUAUUGAGCGUGCUUAUGGUGUAUUGAAUGCGAGAUUCCCACUCUUAAAACAAAUGGCUCCUUAUCCUUUUCCGAUACAAAGAGACAUCGUCAUUGCUUGUGUCGCGGUCCAUAAUUUUAUAAGGAAAUACAAUAUCCAAGACAAGUUAUUUAAAAAUUUUGAAGACAACGUUAUGGUUAAUCUUGAUGUGCACGGUGGAGGAAUUGAAGGCGAAAACACACAAGGCGUAGAAUAG